UCAUUAAAAAAAGAAAUAAGUUACCAGAGAAAUUUCAUUUACUACUAUAAAAGAUGAGAAACGGACGCAAGUAUCCCAUUUGUUAAGGCAAUACAUUGAGUGUACUUAACAAUCACAUGAAUGUAUGAUCCCCACUCUAGUACGUUAUUGCCUCUUCCUUAAAUUCUCUCUUUAACUCUUUUGUAUCUUUCAGUCAGUCUUUGCUUCCAAGCUUCAAAUGAGUAUUUUGUUGAAACCAUAAAUAUAAGCUUGUUUCAGGGUGUUUUAAUUUCACAAAGAGGGAAGAAACGAUGGAAAUGUGGCUGCUAUGGCGGAGUGGUUUAGUCACGGUGGCAGUAAUGGCGGUGAUGGUGGUGGUGCCGGUGGCUGCCGGCGGUGCCAAUGUGACAUAUGAUGGAAGGUCGUUGAUAAUAGAUGGACAAAGGAAGAUGUUGUUUUCUGGUUCUAUUCAUUAUCCAAGAAGCACCCCUGAUAUGUGGCCAUCUCUAAUAUCGAAAGCUAAAGAAGGUGGAAUAGAUGUGAUUGAGACCUACGUGUUUUGGAACUUUCAUGAGCCCCAACCUGGACAGUAUGAUUUCAGUGGGAGGCAUGACAUAGUAGCAUUUAUGAAGCAAAUUCAAAAACAAGGUCUCUAUGCUUGCCUUCGUAUUGGACCCUAUAUUGAGGGUGAAUGGACUUACGGAGGUUUCCCCUUUUGGUUACAUGAUGUCCCUGGCAUUGUUUUUCGCUCAAAUAAUGAACCCUUCAAGUUUUACAUGCAAAACUUCACAACAAAGAUAGUGAACUUAAUGAAAUCAGAAGGACUAUACGCUUCACAAGGAGGUCCAAUCAUACUCUCGCAGAUUGAGAAUGAAUAUCAAAAUGUAGAAAAAGCUUUCGGAGAAAAUGGCCCCCCUUACGUCGAAUGGGCGGCAAAGAUGGCAGUCGGACUUGAAACAGGGGUGCCAUGGUGUAUGUGCAAGCAAGAUGAUGCUCCUGAUCCUGUUAUUAAUGCAUGCAACGGGUUGAAAUGUGGAGAAACAUUUCAAGGGCCUAAUUCACCAAACAAACCAUCUAUCUGGACAGAGAACUGGACAAGCUUCUAUCAAGUGUAUGGUCAGAAUGCAACAAUCAGAUCAGCAGAAGUCAUUGCAUAUCAUGUUGCUCUCUUCAUUGCAAGGAAAAAUGGAACCUUUAUCAACUAUUACAUGUAUCAUGGAGGAACCAAUUUUGGCAGGACUGCUGCAGAAUAUAUGAUAACCAGCUACUAUGAUCAAGCUCCAUUAGACGAGUACGGUUUAAUCAGACAACCAAAAUAUGGACAUCUGAAAGAGUUACAUGCAGCGGUGAAGUCAAGCUCAGAGGCCAUACUUUCUGUAUUCCCUUCCAUGCAGUCCUUAGGUGAACAACAAGAGGCGUAUGUAUUUAGUGGAGAUUCUGGAGCUUGUGCAGCAUUUCUAGUGAACAUAGAUAACUCAAAAAGUGCAGUAGUGCAGUUUCAAAAUUCGUCAUAUGAAUUACCUCGGCAAUCUAUAAGCAUCUUACCUGACUGCAAGACUGAAGCCUUCAAUACGGCAAAGGUAAGCACACAAUUCAACAAAAGAACAGCAAUACCAGCCAUUAAGUUUGACUCAGCUGAGAAAUGGGAACAAUUCCAAGAGGCUAUACCACAAUUCGAUGCUACUCCACUGAGAUCAGACGUAUUACUGGAGCAAAUGAAUACUACAAAGGAUGUAUCUGACUAUCUUUGGUAUACUUCCAGUAUCCAGCAGGAUUCGACAGAACAGCAGGCUAAACUAAGUGUGAAGUCCUUAGGCCAUGUUUUACACGCUUUUGUGAAUGGAGAACAAGUAGGUUCAGAACAUGGACGAUUCAGAGAUACAUCAUUUACAUUAGAGAGCACAGUUCCUCUAAAUAAAGGGACAAACAAAAUCUCAUUACUAAGUGCAACUGUUGGCUUACCGGAUUCAGGAUCAUUUCUUGAACGCAGGGCUCUCGGUGUAAAGUCGGUAAUUAUUCAAGACAGCAAAGAGGCCAAAGAUAUCACCGAUUUCUCAUGGGGUUAUCAGGUUGGAUUAUAUGGGGAGAAGUUACAAAUUUACACAUUAGAAGGAUCAAAGAGUGCUAAUUGGAGCAGCUUAGGCUCUUCUCAACCCCUCACAUGGUACAAGUCAGUUUUUGAUGCACCCAAGGGUGAUGAUCCUAUUGCAUUAAACCUUGGCUCCAUGGGAAAAGGUGAAGCUUGGGUUAAUGGUCAAAGCAUCGGUCGAUAUUGGGUUUCAUUUCGAACGCUUGCAGGCAUUCCAUCACAAACUUGGUACAAUAUUCCAAGAUCAUUUCUGCAACAAGGGGACAACUUAUUAGUCUUAUUCGAAGAGGAAACUGGCAAUCCUCUUGACAUCACCGUAGAUACUAUUUCAGUCACAAAGUCGUCGUUGAGAAGGCUUGUCUAGGGAUGAAGAGACUCACCAUCCCUCACUCAUAAAAACUUUGGGAGAUCCACAUAAUAAGGUGUCCAUAAGACUCUGCCAAUUUAUGCUCUGUGAGGAUAAAAGAACAAUGCUGACCAUUCUUUGUUUGGGUGAAGCUCAGACAUUAUUUAUAUAUAAAUGUUCAAAAUCAUAGGAAUGUAGAAGUACAGAACUGUAUUUUCACACAGGUCAUUCAUUCAUUCAAUUGCAGGCACAUUGAUAUUAUCACCAAUUUGAAGUUUAAUUGCAUAGAUGAAAAGGUCCCAA